AUGACCGAUGCUUCCCAUCACGCCAGUCUCGGUCAAAAGAUCCUGGCACAUAUCAAAUCUACAUCCCGUCUGGAACCAGGAACGAUCUCUGUCUCUAUCCACGGCCAUAACACAGACCUGACGAUUACCCAAGACGAGGCCUAUAGCUAUGAAAUCGCUCAUGCAGUUUUCAACCCCGAGCUUGCUUUCAGCCAGGUAAUCGAUAGCAUGGACCGCCUUACGACACUCCUACAUAAUCUAUCUGACGUGGUCUACGGCUCAAACAUGAUCGACAAAGCGGGUGCAGGUCUCAAAGCCGCCCGUCAACUAUCUAUGAAGGUUUUCUGUGGAGAGGAUACCUUUGAAGAGGAUGCUCAAAAAGAUGACAAGUACUACGUGCGUAUCCAGAAGCAGCGUGUACACGCCAGAUUACCUGCAAACCAUACGGAUAUCCUACAGACUCACCGUGAGGUUGUCCAACACGCCAAAGCAGCAGCCUAUCUAAUCGAAAAGCUCGGCAUCAACGGCGAAGAUCUCACAGAAGACCUCAUCCUCGAGACCCAUCGCAUCCUCACGUCCAAAGUUGACGCUGAAAGCGCAUCUUGGAAAGAAUAUAGCAGUGUAUAUCGCACAGACGACGUCAGCGUGGGUCUUCACACUUUCAUCAGCCCUGAGGGCAUUCCAGAAAAAAUGAAGGAGAUGAUCCGCCAAUAUAACUCCGAUCUCGAUAAAGCUGCAAGAACCGGACUGAUAGAUCCCAUUAUGCUUGCCGCCAAAUACGCACACAUCUUCGUCAACAUUCAUCCGUUCUUAGACGGUAAUGGCCGCAUGUCUCGUCUCAUUUUAAACUCUAUCUUGCUGAAAUUCGGGCUUUUUAAUGUUUGUCUUGGGAAAAUGGAGCAUGAUCGCUAUAUCUAUAAGGAAAUUGUAGCGUCUGCGUCGCAACUUGAGGAUACCUAUGAUGGUCGUGAAGAGGAGGAGAAACCGGUGGCGUAUAAAGAGUUGGCAAGCUUGGUUUUACAUUGUUCUCAGAAUCACCUUAGCAAGUUCAUGAAGGCUGCUCUCAAGUAA